CAGAGGCGGGGGAGUUGGGUGAGCGCGGUCUGCGCACUGAGGUCGCCCGCGGCCUCCGAGCUCGCUCCCCCGGGAAAUCCUCCAGAUUCUUUUGUGGUCGUUGUCAGAGACCAGCGACCGAUCUGGGGUCUUUUUUGAAGUGUGCAAACCUUUCGGUGUGUACGGGAGUCCCAGGAAAAUGUAUUUUUUGAGCGCCAUCUCUAACAAAGCUGUUUAUGGGGCGUGGGAUGUUCGGGUUUGUAAAAUGUGUGUUGAAAACACAAACUGCACGCAUUUGAACAAUGGGGCAUGGAUGCUCUGGCUUCCUUUUCCGGUACCCUCUGCUACUAGGCUUAUUAAAAUAGGUUCUGGUACCUACUGUGUGCAGGACAGGUGAGGAAGAACUUCUGCUGCACUGCCCCUGGAGGAAGAGUCGCCCUGACUGAAAGUAUUCUAGUGGGAGCCGAUGGCUUAUGCUACAAGAAGUGGGAAGCUGGGGAGGAUGAUGGGACUAGAGAAGGGUUUCUUAACCAGGGCACUAUUGACGUUUUGGGCCAGAUAAUUCUUGCUUGUGGGGCGCUGUCCUGUGCAUUAUAGGAUGCUUAGCAGCAUCUUUGGCCUCUACCCACUAACCACCAAAAAAAAAACCCAUUGCCGUCGAGUCAGUUUUGACUUAUAGCGACCCUAUAGGACAGGGUAGAGCUGCCCCACAGGGUUUUCAAGGCUGUAAUUCUUUACAGACGCAGACUGCCACAUCUUCCUCCGGUGGAGUGGCUGGUGGGUUCGAACCGCCGACCUUUUGAUUAGCAGCCCAGUGCUUAACCACUGUGCCACCAGGUCUCCUCUACCCACUAGAUGCCAAUAACAUCCUUCCCUUCUUUUUCAGUUAUGAGGCUCAGAAAUGCCUCGAGACAUAGCCAAAUCCCCAUGGGGGCAAAACCACCCCAGGAUGAGAACCACUGGACUAGAUGAUCUUCCACUGAGUCCCUCAAACCCCAUCCUUCACUCUUAUGCCCUGGUGUUCAAGGCUCCCAAGAGCUUGGAUAAGCUGAACUGUGAGAGCCUUGGUUUCCCUGUCUGUAAAAUGGGAAGGACAAGAAUAUUCUUGUGCAAAUUUGAGAAAACAGUUUGAGAAGCCCCUAGCAUUGUGCCUGGCCUGUGCAUGAUUUUUUAAAAAAUACCAUGUCUAAUGGUUAUGAAGACCACAUGGCCGAAGACUGCAGGGAUGAUAUCGGGAGAACGAAUUUAAUUGUCAACUAUCUCCCUCAGAACAUGACCCAGGAUGAGCUACGAAGUCUGUUCAGCAGUAUUGGCGAAGUUGAGUCUGCAAAACUUAUUCGAGAUAAAGUAGCAGGACACAGCUUGGGCUAUGGCUUUGUGAACUACGUGACUGCAAAAGACGCGGAAAGAGCAAUAAACACGCUGAAUGGCCUGAGGCUCCAGUCCAAAACCAUUAAGGUGUCAUACGCCCGCCCGAGCUCUGAGGUCAUCAAAGACGCCAACCUGUACAUCAGCGGGCUCCCGAGGACCAUGACCCAGAAGGACGUGGAGGACAUGUUCUCGCGGUUCGGACGCAUCAUCAACUCCCGUGUGCUUGUGGACCAGACCACAGGUUUAUCCAGAGGGGUUGCGUUUAUCCGGUUUGACAAACGGUCGGAGGCAGAAGAGGCAAUUACCAGUUUCAAUGGUCAUAAACCCCCAGGUUCCUCCGAGCCCAUCACAGUGAAGUUUGCCGCCAAUCCCAACCAGAACAAAAACGUGGCGCUGCUCUCCCAGCUGUACCACUCGCCCGCGAGACGGUUCGGAGGGCCCGUGCACCACCAGGCGCAGAGAUUCAGGUUCUCCCCGAUGGGUGUAGAUCACAUGAGCGGGCUCUCUGGCGUCAACGUCCCAGGCAAUGCAUCUUCGGGCUGGUGCAUCUUCAUCUACAACCUCGGGCAGGACGCCGACGAGGGAAUCCUCUGGCAGAUGUUUGGCCCCUUUGGCGCCGUCACCAAUGUGAAAGUGAUCCGCGACUUCAACACCAACAAGUGCAAAGGGUUUGGCUUUGUGACCAUGACAAACUAUGAAGAAGCCGCGAUGGCCAUAGCCAGUCUGAACGGCUACCGCCUGGGGGACAAAAUCUUACAGGUUUCCUUCAAAACCAACAAGUCCCACAAAUAACUCGCUCAUGCUUUUUUGUACGGAAUAGAUAAUUAAGAGUGACCGAAGUUGAAACUUUUUUGUUAGUGUACAACUCACUUUGCGCCAAUUUUCACAAGUGUUUGUCUUAGUCUAAAUGAGAAGUGAAAAGGUUUUUUAUACUCUGGGAUGCAACCGACAUGUUCAAAUGUUUGAAAUCCCACAUGUUAGACCAAUUUUAAGUUUCUUAAGUUAUUUCCUUUAAAAUAUAUAUUAAACAGAAAUCUAAGUAGACUGCAUUAACUAACCAGUCCCUCUGGAUGGUGGUAAAACUGAAGCAUGCUUUAACUUAUAAGACUGUCUAACAUUUCGUUUCAUUCGAUGUCUCCACGAACUGGAUAAAAAAAAAAGGAAACGUUAUCUUUUAGUUUUAGUUUUUCAACUACAGAUGUUAGACAGACACUGAGUGUGCGUUUUCUCAACCGCUUCCACAUUUUAAGCGAUUGAUGCUUUGGUUGGCAGGAAAUUGCUUCCCCGAGCAGGUUCCAUUGCCACCUCCCACUCACUCAGCCCCGGGCUCUGCCAAGCGGCCUCGGAAGGGCCAGCGUGCCCGGCCGAGGGGCGCUUUCAUGGGGAGGGGGCCACGGGCUGUCCAGAGAAGGGCACACACAGGUUUUGUAAGCCCGGGCGCCAAUGGGGACGGACCAAAGAGUUUCAGGGAAACUCCAGUGUAUUCCAGAGUCAGCUCUGAGCUCCAGGCACACCUGGAGACAUGUCGCUGCUCCGACCUCCCAAAUCUGCCCAAACAUGCAUGCACGGUGCCCCCACAGCGGACACGGUUGUUCACUUCCUCCAGUCUCUGAGACCAUUCACCACAGCUUGAACGCGUACCAUAGCGCUGUGUUUUAACCACACAUAAACAUUUGAGCAUUGUAUCUUUCGCAUCCCUUGUGAGCGCUAGGCUUUCCUUCCUAUUUUAGUCGGAUUUUUGUUUUGAAAUUUUGCUUUCGUAUGAACACUCAGCAGAAAAGUACUUAUUUCUUGCUGGUUAGCUAUUAACAAAAGUCUUUGAUUGUAGUCCUAAAGAAGAACCCGCAACGCUCUCUCCGUAACUGCCUUUACAUUUUGGGUUGCUCUGUUAAUUUUUCUUUUGCUUUUUUUGUGUUUUUUGUUUGUUUUUACUUUUGCAUUUAAGACCAUUAAAUUUGAUUUUGUUUUGCUCGA